CUUUCUCUUUCGCUGGGCGGCCGCGGGGCUGCGCCAGGUAGGAAGAUGACUCGCCUGGCACAGGAGCAGGAGUUAUGAGCCAUGUUCCUGUGAGACGUCCAGAAUUAAGAGCAAAUGCCUGGAGAAGUCCAGUUGCACAGAGCAACGCCACAGUUCUUGUGAACCGUGGGCAUCGUCAUCCCUCAGACUUGCUCCUCUGGUCCCGAGCACUCUGCCAGCAUUUCCUACACCACGAAUGGCUACUCAGAGGAAGCACUUGGUGAAAGAUUUCAAUCCUCAUAUCACCUGCUAUAUCUGUAAAGGCUAUCUCAUCAAGCCAACUACAGUAACUGAGUGCCUCCAUACCUUUUGUAAGACUUGCAUCGUUCAACACUUUGAAGACAGCAAUGACUGCCCCAGGUGUGGCAACCAAGUGCAUGAGACUAAUCCACUAGAAAUGUUAAGGCUGGAUAACACCUUAGAGGAAAUUAUAUUUAAGCUGGUGCCUGGACUUCGGGAACAGGAACUGCAGCGGGAGAUCGAAUUUUGGAAGAAAAAUAAACCUCAAGAAAAUGGGCAAGAUGAAAGCCCAAAAGCUGAUAAACCCAAAGUAGACGAGGAGUGUGAUGAAAAUGAAGAAGAUAAAGACUACCACAGGAGUGACCCACAGAUUGCUAUCUGCCUCGACUGUUUACGAAACAAUGGGCAAUCAGGAGAUAAUGUUGUCAAAGGUUUAAUGAAGAAAUUUAUCCGCUGUUCCACUCGAGUGACCGUGGGAACUAUCAAAAAGUUUCUCAGCUUAAAAUUAAAACUUCCAAGUUCUUAUGAGCUGGAUGUACUAUGCAAUGGAGAAAUCAUGGGGAAGGAUCAUACUAUGGAAUUCAUCUAUAUGACAAGAUGGAGACUAAGAGGCGAAAACUUUCGGUGUCAGAACUGCUCAUCUUCGCAAGUCUGCUCACAGGAUGGCACUUUUUAUCAGUCUUACCCUAUGGUACUUCAGUAUCGACCUAGAAUUGACUUCGGUUAGACCAAAGGGCCAGAUCCCACUGAGAUGAAUCCUGCACUAUUUGUUUACCCAUCGACAGAUUGCACAAUGAAUGGAUGUGCCUGGAUUAGGGGGGGACACAACCAGAUUUUCAGCAUGCAAAUAAGGACAUUGUCUUUCUUAAAAUUGUCAGUUGCAUCUCUGUUGUUUUUAUUAGAGCAAGCCAAGUGCCAUUCUGCUACUGAAAUGUGCAUAAGAUAUUUGUGUAUCUUACGAGUGUGCUGCAAAUCAUAGCCAAAAUCAUGAAGUGUACAGUUGAGAUUCAGAAACUAUGGAAUAUUUUUGCUUGCGUGUUAGAAAAUUUUUCUGGUCCUAAUAUUGAUUACACUAGCAAAAUGGCAGAGUGCUCAUUCCAUGUGGUGUUGCAGUUUCACACACUUACUAUUUUACUGGAUAUUGUUGUUUAAACCAUAGAGUACUGUACAAAUAACUAAGGAUUAUACCUUGAAAAUAUUUUGUAUAGAAAACAUAUUUAGAAAAGUGGUGAUUGGGCCACUACUUUUUUCUUGGUAAGUUUCUCAUGGGUCCAGGUAUAGCUCACUCAACAGUCCUUUUGCAGUGAACGAAGAUUAAUUACCUUAACAAGAGUUUCAGAACGUGGUAAUUCAAAAUGGUAAUUUUAAAUCUUCUUAAUAGAUUCUGGUAAUAUUGCUUAAAAGCAUCGCAGCCUUUGUGAUUGCACUUUUCUAUGGUUUCCCUAAAGAUUGGAAUUUGGGAUACUAACUAAUUUUGGAAAAUAUCUUCUGGUCAGAUUACAUUUCUUCUAAUAAACCCUCCCUAAAAAAUGAAGUUAAAAA